CUUCUGAGAUGGUUCGAGAAAGCAGAGUCCGUGUUUGCUAUUUGUAACUGCCCCGCUGGGGACAGGGUGAAAUAUGCUGCGGGUACUUUGGCGGAUGGUGCCCUAACGUGGUGGAAUGCCCAAGUGCAGUUGCUGGGCAUUGAGGCAGCAAAUGCCACAACUUGGGAUGAUUUUAAAGAGCUGAUCAGGGAAGAGUAUUGUCCUCGGGAUGAGAUCCAGAAGUUGGAAAACGAGUACUACGACUUGAAGAUGGUUGGAUCUGAAAUCGAAGCGUAUGUGAAGCGAUCGUAUGAAUUGGCCGACAUGUGCCCGAACUUGUCCCGGCCUAUGUCUCGGAGGAUUGAGCUAUUCGUCAAGGGGCUGCCUUCGCAUGUAAAGAGUUUGGUCACCGCAGCCCAUCUCAAUGACUUGACACAAAUUGUUCGUUUGACCCACAAGAUUGUGGAUCAAGAGGUGGAGAGUAACUCGUUACCACCGCGUGUUUCAGCCACUACUACUGCACCCACUGCCACUGCGUCCGCUAAUGAUAACAAGCGGAAGUGGGAUGACUAUGACAAAGCAUCUAGCGCGGGACAGACUCAGAAAAGGCCAGACAAUAGUAGCAACCGCAGUAGCAGCCAGUCGUUUCCUGUCAAUCAAGGCCAGGGAAGUAGCCAAAGUCAGGGUUCGUAUGCAGGGAAGAAGCCGCGAUGUAACAAGUGCGGCUAUCAUCACUUCGGGCAGUGUGGACGAACAUGUAACAGGUGUGGUAAAGCAGGCCACGAAGCCAAAGAUUGUAGAGCCCCGCAGCCCAGACAUCAGCAACAACAGAACCAGCUGAAUCAGAAUCAGGACAACAACAACCAAGGAAAUGGGAACAACAAUGGGGGUAACAACGACGACAAUGGUGCUAGGGGACGUGUCUUCGUGAUCGGUCAGGGUGAGUUCCUACCUGACGACUUUUGUGUUACUGUUUUAUUUUAUUCGGGUGCCGAUACUAGUUUCGUGUCUUUAAAAGUUAGUCAAAUGCUUAAUCGUACCCCAACACUUCUGAACACCGAGCACAUAGUAGAACUAGCAAACGGUAAAAGUCUAAAGGCCACACACAUAGUUUAGGGUUGCUAUCUUGUUCUUGUUGAUCAGACCUUUUCUAUCGACCUCACUCCUAUCGUUCUGCGGAAUUUCGGGACGAAAUUCCAAAUCAACGGGGGAAGGAUGUGACACCCCAGGAAAACCAGAAAACCACGCAACCCAGUUAGCUUCCUCUGUGACUACGUGCUAAAUUUCGGGACGAAAUUUCCUUCAAGUUGGGGAUGAUGUGACAACCCGAACCCUCAAGGUUAGUGUCGUCCAACCUCGUAACUUUCAAUUUGGUAUUAUUCCUAUUGCACUAUUGUUCAAUCGUAUCGCAAACAGGAAUCACUAUUCGUAUUUACAUGUUUGGACCUUAAUUUCUACUUUGGGCCGUACCUUCAUUCACACAUCGGCUAAUACGAGCUCAUAUGCACAUACCCGAACCUUAUACGAGCCACAUAUUCAUGGUUGGACUUGCCGAGCCCAAACAAGUCCUACUUUGGGCCGGCUAUUAAGUUCUACUCCUAAUCUAAUUAGAUGAGCAUAAUCAUUGAUCUUUUGGUGUGGGCUUAGGCCCAGUUGGGUCAACUAGUAGAUUCGCCUAGGUAAUGUUAUUUAAGUGCACGUAACCAGGAAUUUUACAUGUGCGUAACAAGGAAUCUUAUAACAAACCAAACCCUACAUCUUCUUGAAUGCGACGGACGUAGGAGACCCCCCCCCCCUGUUCGAGAUAACACCCUUUGGCAGUCAAGUUUCUGGUUAGUGUUUAAUAAUUGUUAACCUUUAUGAUUGUGUGUGUAUAUGCUGCCGACAUUUGUGAUGAUGUAAUUGAACCAUAAAAGGGUCCAAUAGAUAGAUAAGGUUUUGAUGAUAUUGGUUGUGAGAUAUGACUAAUCUGACAUACAUGUAUGAGACUAAUAAUUGUGUUGUUGAUAAAUAGGUGAUCACAUGGGUAUACUUGUAGGUUAGUGAACUAAUUGGUCAAAUAACAUGAAGGCAUGUAAGCCUUAGAUUCGGUCCAAUCAUAUGAUUGUGAAACACCUUGAAUGUGCAACCAAUUGGAUAAGGAACACUCAUGAUUGUCGGCCAUUGUUGAUUGUCUUCAUAUGAUAAUGAAUUAUGUAUGAUUAUACUAGUAUGUCGGCCAUCAUGUCACCUAACAAACAGAACAUAAUUUGGAACAAUUUAAUAAUGAAUAUGUGCAGACCUCAUUAAUUAGACAACAUCAGAAACCAUAUGAUAUAUUAUCUUUAAUUUGAUUUAUAAUUGUGAUAGGGUUUGUGCAUGUGACCGUUUUUGAGGUAUUGAUCAUCUAGUGGACCGAGCAAAGGUCCAAUAGGGGGCGGCUUGGGUAUUGUAAUAAUUAAUUGUGUAUAUUGAUUGUGCUGUAUGUCAUGCAUGGAUUUGGGAGGUGUAAUUGGGGUACAAGGGUUGAAAUAAUAAUAUAUAACUCGGACUGGGGUCUGGUACGGCAAUUGGCAAGGGAGAAAUAAUAACGUUAUGAUGGGCUGAUUUCUUUGGGAUGGACUUGAUGUACUGGGCUGGGUAGCAUUUAUGGGUUAAACAAUAUUAGGUGGGCAUCUUGUGGGCUCGAGUACAAGCUGUACAGAAUGAUUUUACACAGUGUGGGUUGGGCCGUAUAGUGGGUCAGGAAUAGUGUGCGACGCACUGUUGGGCCGAGCGGGCAUUAGAUCGCACGUUUGAGACUUAGUCGUAUACUCUUAUUAUUAGGCCUCGAGUCAACUGGACCGCACACUUAGAUUAGGAAUAAUAUGAACUGUUAGGUGUCUAUUUGAAAUAUGGAUUUGUAAAGUAAACUUUUAUGGGGCACGAAUACUUGCUAUGUGUUAUACUAUGAAUUCUUGUAACUUGAUUGAGCUACUCGAUACUGUGUACUAUUGAUCAACUGUUUGAAUAAUCAUUGUUCUUGCUUGAAUUGUUGCUUAACUGUUAUACGUGCCAUACGUGACAACCAUUGAUGGGAUCUAUGUGUAAACAAAUUGUAAAACUGAUCAUUACCAAACACUCUCCUAGGUCGCGAGUAUUGAAUAAAUUAACAAGUGAAAUAUUCUGCCGAGCAAAUCAAGGUAAUUAUUGAAGGAACUUGGGAGCUUGCCGUCUGAUGCUGCUGGAGUGGUUGUGGUCA